UGCGUGAUGAUUGGUUGCCGGGCGUUGGAAACGUGGUUACGGGAGUCGGACAGCGCACGCCAGGCAAUGAUUGGUUGUCCAGAGACCCGGCGAUUAGACCGCUUGAGAGGUACCCGCGGUGAGGACAGCUAUGAGUCAGGCGGCCAAGGUUUUACAGCUCUUUAAAACACUGCACAGAACCAGACAACAAGUUUUUAAAAAUGAUGCCAGAGCAUUAGAAGCAGCCAGAAUAAAGAUAAAUGAAGAAUUCAAAAGUAAUAAAAGUGAAGCUUCUCCUAAGAAAAUAGAAGAGCUAUUAAAAAUAGGUUCCGAUGUUGAAUUAUUACUCAGAACAUCUGUUAUACAAGGUAUUCACACAGACCACAAUACACUGCAAUUGGUCCCUAGGAAAGACCUUCUUAUAGAAAAUGUGCCAUAUUGUGAUACACCAACUCAGAAGCAGUGAAUUUUCUAGGAAAAAAUUGAGUCUUUGUAAUUUUUAAUUCUAAAAUAUAUAACUGGCAAAAAUCCUGGAUAUGCAGAUAUUUCUCUCUGAACUGGCAUAUUGAAAAUGAGUGAAUUAAAGCAUAGUUAUAUAAUUAAAUUUCGUGUUAAAAGGACAUCUCUGAAAACUGCAGACCAUAAUUAAGUAUUUAUAAAGAACAUUAGAUAUUUCAUUUUCAUGGAAAAAUCAAACUUUAUAAAGUGAAAUAAAUGAUUAGGGAGGUAUAUCAUACUCACUUUUCUUUGACCUUGAUGAGUAUUUUGGUAUUACCAUAACUACUUGAGAAUGCAGUGUUUUGACAAGUGGGUGGGUUUUCUUCUCAUGUGAAAUGGAACUAUUACAUUAAAAUUAUUAGAUUAAAUUGA